AUGUACCAAGCAGAGGACUAUGAGAGCAAGAAUGGAGAGUUGAGAGAUUCAAAGAACAACGCCUCCAACAAUCAAAGUCAAGAGAGAGUGAUUAGGAAGGAGGUGGUCAAAGAUAAAGAUCACAUCAAGACUUAUCCUUUGGAUGAACGCAUUAAAGACUAUAUCACUGAACAGCCACUCAAGGUAGGAAUCAAGUUGAGCAACUCAAAGAGGAUCAUUGUGAAUGAUGAACAACAAUACUGUAGUCUCUCCAACCCAUCUGAAUGCUACAGAGUCGGUGAUGCCAUCACUGUCAUUGGUGUUCCAGGCCUAAGGUCUGGCAGGGCUACAAGAGGACACCUGAACAGAGAUGAAUUAUGGUUCGCCUAUGUUUUGGCAAUCUACGACAAGACAGUUCAUUUACAAUGGUUCGAGGGAAGCAAUGACAAUCAUUUCAGCCUUGAACAAUGCAGCAUUCUCGAGCACCAGAAGAUCAAUGAUACAGCUACCAAGGUCAUCAUUGAUGACAACAAAUAUCUUUUGUUCCCUUAUUGA